GUGUGCAUGGUGGGUUCUGGUGGGGGAGCUCAUCGGAGAUCGAAGCCUGCUGCUGCUGCUUCGUGAAUUCCUCUGUAACGAUAUGCGCGUUUGAUUUCUGUGUGUGAAGAAGAAAUUCGAGGUGUGGAUGCGACGGAGCUUGGUUUUGGUUGCGGCUUGAGGACGAUCGACCACUUACGGUGCUGCGAUUUGAGGGUGUGUGUGUGUGAGAGUUUUCAGGUAGUGGGGGGGGGGGGGGGGGGGUGUGUGAAGAGGGUGGCGAUUGAAUUGCGUGGAGACUGUAACGAGGUUCGACAUCGGGGGAGAAGCAUGGUUUUAUAAGAUUGGUUCUGGAGUUAACUGCAGAAGGGUGAGAAGCAUGGCAGAUUCGACCCUGGCUUCGGAGAUUCUGCGUCUGUCAUUAGGCCCAUCCGCGUUGUCGUCCUCGGCCUCCACGUCUAGGCAGGACGCGAAUGGGGAUGACAAUGUGGAUCUCACGGAGAGGGCACGAGCUGCAGUCUACGCAGGGCCACCGCGUCGGACUAUUGGGAAUGAUGAUGCAAUUUUCGACCAUGAUGACCCCAGAAUAAAGGAGGAUAUAAUUCGAAUGAUAGUUCAGUAUCUCCAGGACGAGGGUUAUGUUGCGUCCAUAAUGACCAUACAGGACGAAGCGAGUGUGCGAUUCACCGAAAAUUUACGCAACCGAUCACAUUUCAAACGCAUCAAGGCGGCUAUCUUAGAUGGCGAAUGGGUUGAGAUGGAGAAGUUGGUGCAGAAGACUCCAUUGAAAGAUCAUAAGCAUUUUCUUUACACCGUUUACAAGCAGCAGUACCUUGAGCUGAUUGAGCAGCUGGAGUAUCAGAAGGCUUUUGCAUUAUUAACCAAAAGGUUGAAACCUUUGGAGCAAAUGGGGAGCUUGCACAACGAGUUUAAGGACCUGUGCUACCUCCUGACUUGCAAAUCCAUUCAGGAUGCACCCUUUUUCAAGACUUGGGAAGGUGUCGCAAGUUCCCGAGAAAAACUAGUGGAACAGUUUUCUUCUAUGCUGGAGAUUGAAAAUAAUGACUUCGCAGUUGUAAGGCAUGAGGUGCAACCACAGAGGCUGCUCCAUUUGCUGAAACAGGCAGUGCGGUACCAGAUCGAGUUUAGUAGAUAUCAUCCCAAAGUUGUUCCUAGUGUUCCCACAUUGUUGGAGGAUUACUCGUGUUUUGUUCUUCCCAAUGCGCAUAAGACUACGUUUCGUGGCCAUCGCUGCAAUGUCAAAUGUGUGGAAUUUGUUGGAGAAGAAGGCACGCAAAUUGUUUCAGGCUCAAGUGACAACACGUUGAGAGUAUGGGAUGUUGAAGGCGGACGAUGUGUACGGGUUUUGGGUGAUGGAGAGAUUGGCAGUGGAGGUGGUCAUACAUCUCGAAUUUGGGAUGUAUCUUCUAGUAGUAGCGGUGAUUUUAUUGCAAGUGCUUCUGGGGACUCCACUGUUAAGUUUUGGAACUUGCGAGGCUCAAGCAAAUCCCCAUGCUCAGCAACUCUGACUGGCCAUGAGGGUGAUGUGUACAGUGUCAAAUACCACCAAUCCAAUAAUUACGUGGUGACAGGUGGAUAUGAUAAGACUGUGAAGCUUUGGGAUGCUCGGACUGGUUCAUUGUUGCGCACAUUCAGUGGCCACAAAUCAUCUGUUUCUCGUGUUAUAUUUAAUCCGUUGGGGAAUCUUGUCAUUAGUGGCUCGAAGGACAGCACGAUUAAGUUUUGGGAUCUAGUGAGUGGAGUCUGUAUAAAGACGUACAGCUCUCAUUUGGGAGAGGUAACAUCAGUUGAGAUGAACAAGGCUGGAAGUUUUCUCUUGAGCGCGUCCAAGGAUAACUCCAACCGGCUCUGGGAUGUGCGACUGGCACGACCUAUUAGAAGGUUUAAGGGUCACCAAAAUACAAGUAAAAAUUUCGUGCGAGCAAGUUUUGGACCUGAUGAGUCUCUUGUUGUAGGUGGUUCUGAGGAUGGUUUUGUUUACAUUUGGGAUACAGCAACAGGAGAGAUACUUCACAGGUUAGGUAGCCACAGCCCCGAAAGUCAUACUGAUAUUGCUUACCGAGCUGUCUGGAAUGCUCAUCAAAGUCUUCUUGUGAGCUGCUCGCAUGAUGGCACUGUGAAGACAUGGUGGUACGAUGAACAACAGCCUUGGGAUCAAGAUUGUGACUUUUAAUGAUGGUUCAUCUUUAUGGAUGGCCAUUCCAAGAAAAAACAUUAAUAUUUUGAUUUGAUGUCUAUCUAUUCAAAUAACCUUGAAAGUUCUAAUACAAGGUAUUAAGAUGUUCAGAUAAUUUGUUUGCUUAUAGGAUAGUUGUACAAGUUGAGAAAAUGUAGUGGUGUUUUGUUAUGAUUUUUUAAUUAUGUAACCUUGGUGCUUAUAGUAGGUAGUUAUAAGGAUAUUGUAUUACAACUUCUUUUAGAAAUUGUAACAUUUUAAUAAUAUGGUAGUUAAAACUACUUCAUUCAACCUA